CCUAUAUACACGCAAACCCCAUAAUCAUAAUCAGACAUUCUUGUGAACGAGUUUUUUUUUUCUUUCUUGAAAUCAAAUGGACAAGUCUGAAGAAAUCGCUUACGCUUCUGUUCUGUCUAUUCUCUCACUCUUUCUUCUAAUCCUCCUCAUCUUCCUCCUCUUACUAUGCAGAAAGAAACCAAUCCGGUCCGAUGAAUCUCUCCUUCCAAAAACCAAACCAGCGGGAACCACUUACCCUUUAACCGAAUUAGAUUCAGCAACCGACGGAUUUAGCCAGCGACGAAUCAUCGGUAGUGGUCGGUUAGGAACGGUUUACGCUGCGGUUAUCCCAUCCCACAAAAACCUCGUCGCGGUCAAAAGAAUACACCCCGGUUUGGUUUUAAGCAAACCGGGUUCCGGUUUCACCACGGUUCUCAAAACGCUUUCUUCCGCUCUCCACCCCAACGUGGUCUCGAUCUUAGGCUUCUCGGAAGCUCCCGGCGAGAGGAUCGUCGUCACAGAAUUCGUCGGAGAAGCGAAAAGCUUGAGCGAUCACUUACACGGAGACUCCGAUAUCGAAUCGGCGGUUGCUAAUACCGUUUUCGACUGGCGUAAACGUUUCAGAGCCGCGGCGGGAGCGGCGAGAGGCUUGGAGUAUUUGCACGAGAUCGUAAACCCUAGAGUCGUCCACGGGCGCUUCACGUCUUCGAAUGUACUCUUGGAUGAGAAGUUCAUGGCGAAGGUUUCAGAUUACGGAUUCGCGUUUUUGAUUCCGCGCGAGAACUCUGAGGUUUCUUGGUACGUUGAGGAAGGGUACUGCAAAGAGAGCGAUGUGUACGGAUUCGGCGUCGUUUUGCUUGAGAUUCUGAGUGGGAGAAGAAGCGAGAACGGGUCGAUCGUGAAAUGGGCGACGCCGUUGAUCAAAGAACAGAGAUUCGCUGAGCUUUUGGAUCCGAGGCUUGUUGUUCAGAGUGAGAUCAAGUGUUUGGUGAUAAGAUUAGCGAAGGUUGCUUUGGCUUGCGUCGGAAAUUCGCGGAGGAGUCGGCCGUCGGUUUCUGAGGUGGCGGCGAUUUUGAACAGUUUGGAGAGAGAAGGAGGGGGGAUUUGAACAAUUCGAGAAGUUUUGGGGUUUUACGGUGAAUAUAUUAGGGGUAAGUUAGUUAUUAAUGAAACAGUUCUGUUAAUGCUACUAAUAAUGUAGUUUACUUUAGGCCGUGUACAUUAAUUUUUUUACUUUGGGGGUAUAUAACCGGUUUCGUAUGAUUUAAUUAAUGCUUUUAUUCACAUCAAUCUAUAAAAUUGGGACUAUUAUAAUC